AUGAGGAAUUUGAUAUUUCUGUAAGUUUUCAAAUUAUUUUUCUAUGAAGAAAUAAGGUUUUUGCAGGUUAAUACUAUUAUUUGGUAUAAAACCGUCAUUUCAAAGCACAGUGCAAAAUUGGCGGGAAGUUUUAUUGUUUCAAUGUGCAUUGAGUCAAAAUGAGAUCUGUCCGAAGAAUAUAAGUUAUAAUGAGACUGCGAAAAAAGAGGAGGAAUUGAAAACAAUCGAUAAUUUUGAUGAGUGGACAAAAAAGCGGAGAGCAGUGAAUAAUCAACAACAACAACAACAACAACAACAGCAAAACCAAGGGCAAGCAACAAUAGUUCAAAACUACGAGAAGAAGCCUGAGGAGGUUUUAACACCAACUAGACCCACGAGAAAUUUUGCUAGUAAAGAAUGUGGCGCCAAAAUCAUCGCCGCCAAUCCGGAAGCAGAAAAUGCGAAAGCAGUGGUAAAUGAGAAAGAUAUUGAUGACUAUAUGAGAAAUCCAUGCGAAUCAGCGAAAGAGAAAUUUAUUGUGAUUGAGUUAUGCGAGACAAUUCAGGUCAAAAAGUUAGCAAUCGGCAAUUUCGAGCUUUUCGCGUCGAGACCCAAGCAGAUUUCAGUUCAAAUUUCUGAACGAUAUCCACCGCUUAAAGAAUGGGUAUCUUUGGGAACUUUUCACCUUCAAGAUCAUCAUAAGAAAUUGCAAACUUUCGAUGUUCCACAAACCAAUGUUUAUGCGAAAUUUGUGCGGAUUAAUUUGGAGGAUCAUUAUGGAAAAGAGCAUUAUUGUAUUGUUUCGGUGGUUAAUGUUAUGGGAAGUACGUUGGCUGAUGAAUAUGAAAAAGAGGUAUGUAUUUUUGAAGGAGUUUUCAAAUGAUUAACUCAAUAAAUUGCUUAAUAUGAGCAAUUUUCAAGAUUUUGAUUAAUCGAAAAAGUUCUAAAAUUUGUAAUAUGAGCAAUAUUAUUUUCGCCUCAAAAUUCUUAGUUUUCUAUUGAAAAAAACAAACUUGAUGUGGCCUAGAAACCCAAAAAAUUAUCUUCUAGGAAGCUGCUGUGCACCUUCUCAAUGUGAUUUCUGAAUCAACAACAACCGGCACAUCUACCAUCCAAAAAAUCGAGGAAAUUCCGAAAGUCACCCCACCACCUGCUGAAAUUCCACCCACGCAACUCCCGCUCCCACCAAAAGUGUCAUCAACAACAACAGCAACAGCGAAAAAACAAAAUGCUUUGACAAUUCGUCAAAAAUAUGAGAGUUGCUUGAAAUGUUGGCCGGAUUAUCAAAAACAGAAUCAAUCGCAUUAUAUUUGUUGGAUUUGGCCGCAAAAACAACAAGAAGAGCAUCAGAAAUUGGCGAAAAAACAGCCGAGUUUUGCAGCGAAACGGCGAAGGAAUUUGGCGCGAGUACAGAGAUUUUUGAGGCGAUUUUCGACGAAAGCCACGUCAAAAACUGUGGUGGCACCUAAAUUGGAGCCGAUUUUGGAGGAAAAAAUUGUGGAAGAGGCGAAAGAGGAGGUAGUGCAGAUUAAGAAAGGUAUGUAGUUUUUGGGAAACGAUUUAGCCGACAAAAAUAUUCGAAUUAAAAGAAAAAUCCACGUGGAAAAUUUUCCGGAAUUUUCAAAUUUAGAAAGAAAAUGAAAUCUUGAAUUUGGGUCUGAAAAAAUUCAAGAAAAUGUUGUUAAUUUUAUCUUUAAAAAUUUCAUAAAAAUUGAACUCACAAAAAAGCACUGAAUCGAUUUUUUAAAAAGAAAAUUAUUGGUUUCACUGAAAAAAGCCACGUCAUAAAUAAUUUUUCGAUUUUUCUCCAGAACCAUCUCCACAAUCUCCUUCGUCUUCUUCAUAUCGUCAAGAAUUGGAUACAAUUCUGCCAGCUGGUGGUUCAAUUGGACAACGUGAAACUGUGCUGAUUAAAUUGACCAAAAGAAUUGCGGCGGUUGAGCUGAAUUUGACACUAUCUACAGAAUAUUUGAGCGAAUUGAGCAAACAGUUCGUUGGCCUUUUUUAACCUAAAAUUGUCGAAGACCCUCUGAAUAAUUAUAUUUUUCCAGAUAUGUUUCCCAAAUGUCUGGCUAUCAAGAAGAGCUCAAAACCACACGAAAAGUCGCGUUGGAAUCUGUGAAAAUUGCCGAAGCAGGCUGGCGACUCAAAAUCAACAAUAUUCGCAGAGAAAUGCGCGAAAUUCGCGCCGCAAUUCGCAAUUUGGCAAAACAACAAGAGAUUCAGGCGAAACGCGAUCAUGGAAUGUUGUCGUAUUCGACGUUUUUUGGUGCACCGCCAGCUUGUCAUAUGACUAGUCAACCUGGUUAGUUUUUAGAUUUGGAGGGUUUUAGGGGCGAAAUUUGGAUUUUAAAUCGAUUCUUGAGCAUUUUGAGGUGAAAAAUCACUAUUUUUGAUCUAGAAAACAUAUUUUCAGCCAAAAAAAUACCUGAAAUUAAUUUUCAACCCUUUUCAGCAUCUCCACUUCCCCGAAUCGGUCAAAUUGAUACGGUAUCAAGUGUUCGACAACAAUUUGAAGAAAGUUGGAGAAUUCUGAUGGAAAGAGCACAAAGUGUGAUAUUUGGAAGUGUUUCGUGGAAUGUGAGUUUGAAAAAUUUAAAACUUUGAUCUGAAUGUCGAAAAAAUUCGGAUUUUCAUGAUUUUUGCCUAACAAGGAAACCUUUUUUACUCAACACUUCAAACCUUGAUGAAAUUUGGUACAUGGACAGCUUUUGGGACCAUAAGAACACCCUAAAAAUUUUAGUCUCCCAAUAAAAUUUUUAGGGUGUUCUUAGCCAGAACUUGGCUCAGACUCUCUGAGCCAAGUCUGGGCUCUCAAAAGUUCAAAAAAUGCCAAAAUUGGCUCAUAAAACACAUCAUAACUCAAUUUUCGAUCAUUUUUAUGAAAAACUGAGUAGCAGAUGAUGAUCAGCGUGGUCGAUUUACCCAAAAAACAUCAAUAAAUCAAAUUUUCAGAAAAAAUUCUGAUUUUGGAAAAAAGAAUGAGCAGGGGCACAUAUGAAUUUUCAUGAAUUUUCAGCCCAAAAAUAAAAAACUUCGAAAUUUUUCGAAAUAAAGUUUUUUAUUUAUGUACUUUUAGGUAAUCGACUAUGCUGAUCAAUAUCUGAAACUUCAUUUCUCCCAAAAAAUUUUUUGAAAUGGAGCUAUGAUGCCUUUUAUGACCAUUUUUAGGCCUUUUUUGAGUUUUUGAGAGCCCAGAACUUGGCUCAGAGGUCGAUUGGGAGACUGAAAUUUUUAGGGUGUUCUUAUGGCCCCAAAAGCUGUCCAUGGACCAAAUUUCAUCAUGAUUUGAAGUGUUGAGUAAAAAAGGUUCCCUUGUAAAAAAUCCCCAAUUUUUUGCAGACAGACCACAUGAUAAUUGCUCUAAUCGCCACAAAUAUCAUCGCAUUUUCCCUACUUUUUGCCGCAUUUAUUGCGGCAAAUCGAAAAAAUGCGCAAAAUUGUGAUUUGAUUGCUGAAGAAAUGCGAAAUGAGAUGCGAAAAAGAUUGGCGAAAUAUGGAAAUUUGAAUCGGAAAAUGAUUGCGAAAGGAUUGAGAAGAGCCGAAUUGGCUGUGACUGCUGCUGUUACAAUGACAAUGAAAGAGAAGAAAAUGAUGGCGGGGAAUUUGGGAAAUGGAAGAAAAGAGGAUGUGGUGAGGGCGGAUUUUGGGGAGUUGGAGAUGGGAAAUUGUGGAAUAUGAGUGAUUUUAGACUUUGAAAGUUGAAAAAUCUGAAAAUUUCAUUUCAACUUUGUGGUUUUUGAUGCCGAAUCAAUUUUCUUUGCACUAUUUUUGCCACAAGAAUUUCCCACUGAAAGUUCUCAUUUUUAAGGGGACGUUGUUUUUUUGUUUCACAAUGAUCACUCCGCGAAAAUACGUUUCAAAAUUUUGAUAUGAAAUUUUGUCGAGAUAAUUCCGGUGAUCCUGCAUAAUGAAAAUCAAUUUUCAGUGAUAUAUGAAAAAUUGAAAUCUGACUUGGAAAUUGAGAUUUUUUAUGGAAAAAUAAAACAUUUAUCAAAUAUUUUUUCAUUUUUUAUUCAUUCAAAAAAAAAAUACAGCCAACACCCCAAUAUUUUCCAGGAAAUCGAAACAACAUUGGCCAAUUUAUUCGCAGCCCAACAAACAAAAAUCGAUGAACAAUUUGCGGAAAAUAAAAAACUGCUGGAAAAUGUGCUAAAACCUGCUGGCACCGGCUCAUUUUCAUUAAAUGACACAAUGAGCCAAGCGGAAGAUAGCGAAAGCUCGUCGGAAACUGAACAUUUGACAAUUUCCGGCUGA